UCAAGAAAAUUUGAACUUAAUCUUCAUUCAGAUCCUUUAUUCAGCCUAAAGUAAUAAGUGUGUUCCUAGUUACAUCACAUCCUAAUAAGAGGAAGAGCUACAGUUAAAAUGUUGGAACGCAGCCUACAUGUCUGCGGACGUAGCGGACGAAAGUAAUGUAAAUAUGGGUUUGAACGUUAUUGAUCAAAUAAUUUACUGUGAGGGGUCAGUCUCUUUCUACACAAAAAUAUUACAUUGGGUUGUAAAUACUGAACGGACAUUUAUCCCUGUUAGGGAGGGUUUUUUCCUCAACAGUAUAACCUAAACACGCAUUUUAACUGCGCAUUAACUGAUUCCAAAGUCUUCCUGUUAAAAAAAGAGAAAAAAUCAUAACCUACAACGUUUUGGUUUUAAACUUUGAGUCAAAGAGAUUGUAUCAUCUUAUUUAAAAGUAAUCUCGACGAUCCUCGCUUUAAACUAAACAUCUGCAAGUUGCAACUGACUACAUAACUAUGCCUAACUAUUUAUGUUAUUAUAAUGUGUUGCAAUGAAAUCUUAAUGUGGAGGUAAUUUUUUUUUUAAUCUUUGGUCUAAAUGUGUGAGAAAAUUCACUGUGUGGUUUGCAUAGGAAGUUGAGGUAAAAAAAAAAAUGUCACACCUCAUGAUCAAUGUAGUUCACACAUUUAUCCAUAAGAGGGGGCAAGAGGAUAAUCAUUUUACAACUUGUUUCUGUUUGGUUGCAGACGAUUCUGCCACAGUUAUUGCAUGUAGGUACUUUAUGUAAGAUUACGGUUCAUAAAAGGUAAUAUUUGGUUGGUUCACUUGGAAUUAUCAAAUUCACGUAGGAGACAAAAUUAGUUUUAGAAAAAAAGAUGAUGACGUGUAUUUCACUGAAGGGAAGAUAUAUGUUCAAGAAACCAUUUCCCGAAACGAGGCAAUCAUAAAAACACAAUUAAAAAUCCCAACUUAGUUUACAGCAUCUAUUUUCAAAUAGUCAUUUAAAAGCACCAGACAAUACAACAUUUUAAACACUAGAAAUAUAAAGCACCAAUCACCGCGCCACAAAAUCUCACAAAUACUUCUCUCAAUAACAAACCUAAAAAAAAAGACAAAUGGUGCAUUGAAAGCACAUUUUAAAAAAACAGACGACACAUAGUUUAAUUUUACAGUUUAAAAACUACAGCAAAACAAAGAAAAACUAUUUGCAAGAAAGAAGGAAAAUAACCCUUAUAAUGAAUGGUAAGUGGCAUGCGCUUGUAUAGCGCUUUAUCAAUUAGUCCAGGGGACCGCAAAACGCUUCAUACUAUUUACAAGCUAAAAAUACUAUUAACCUGUUGAUCUCGUGUCUUUUACUUUUUUCCAGUAAAAUACUUAAACAAUUCUAAAAAAAUCAGUUUCGUUUAGUCCCUUAAAGAAAUGUACACCCUUUACUAUUCACAGAACCUGAAAGGAAUGGAUUCUUAUCCCUCUGUGCAGUCAGGAGGUCAUCCGAUUAGUCGCGGAUUAAUUGCAUUGCGCGACAAUGACUCCAGGCGUUCAGCUGGAGGAGAGAAAAAAAUGUCAGCCCUGUAGCAGAUCAAAGAGAUCUAUAGAUCAAUAAUCUCAACUUGAUCACACAGACUGCUGCGAGGUGAUCCAGUCUGUAUUUAUGCAGAAUCUCAACUUCCGGAACCCGAACUGAUCAGAAUGCAUAAAUAUAUUCUUUAAAGCACAUCAUCACUUCACUGAUGAUCAGAAGUGUAAGCUACAGUAUAUUUAGGAUGCUGUGCAUGUCUUUUACAAUUUGAUUUAACAGUUUCUCGUUACUGAUCAUUAGAAAAUAAAUCCUCUAUACGCACAAAUAUGAUGCAUCAGGCACCUGAUGACGAUUAAGAGCUCUGCCCUGCUUCAGGGCAGAUCCCCGAGGGGUGGGGGAUAUUUGGGUGAGACGGUCCUGCAACAGGUCUCCAGUCUGCGAGGAGACUUAAAGCGACACGAGAGCGACUGCGAGCCAUGCGUCUCUUUUUCCCCCCCCCAGCCACAAUAAACAGUGAUGUGUGACAAUCGUCCACGUGAGCUGAAGUGGCUCACAGAGGGACGACUUCACUCUGCCGCAAGUGCGCGUGAGGAUGGAAGGCGGUGGAUGCUUCCACGAGGACACACGGCUGUGAAACAGUAUGAAGACCAAACCCGCAGCAUCUGAGGGUCCCGUGGCGCCACGGUGACAGAUAUGGAUCACUUCUUUCGGAGAAAGCGGGCAGGUUUGGUGAAGUCCUUGUUGAGUCUCUCCUUGGUUUUCGCGUCUGCUCUGAUGAUUCUCAAGCUGAAACUGUCGGAAAAAGACGCAGAGGGCUUGAAAGGCGCACAGAAAGCGGACUGGUGCGGUUCGGACUGUUUUCCUUCAAUACAGGCACCGGUACAGUCCAAAUUCUGGAGACUAAAUGCCGCGGCGCAAAGCAAGAGAGUGGACUCGCAGCGGGUGUCCAACGGGACCCCGACCAGCUGGGAAGUACAAGUUCUGAACUGCAGCGAGGACGAAUUGGUGAAGAGUCAGGGUUGGUUCCGGCGUCUGGACCCGAGGUUUCACCAGUUUGUUCUGCACAGACACUGUAGGUACUUCCCCAUGCUCAUCAACCACCCGGAGAAAUGCGCGGACGGACAGGUGCACCUCAUCAUGGUGAUCAAGUCCGUUAUCGAGCAGCACGACCGGCGGGAAGCUGUGCGUAAAACCUGGGGCAAGGAGCGCACAAUUAACGGAAAGAAGAUCAAAACUUUAUUUCUACUCGGAACCCCGACAACGGGUAAAGACACAAAGAACCUCCAGAAACUGAUCGAGUACGAGGAUCGGAUCUACAAAGACAUCCUGCAGUGGGACUUUAUGGACACCUUCUUCAACCUGACCUUAAAGGAGGUGAAUUUCCUCAAAUGGUUCAACAUCUACUGUCCCAGGGUGCAGUUCAUAUUCAAAGGAGACGACGACGUCUUUGUGAACACGCACAACCUGCUGGAGUUCAUCGGCUUCAAAGUGGAGGAGCGCAAAGACUCCGACUUGUUUGUGGGGGACACAAUCUCCAAGGCGAUCCCCAUCCGGAACCGCCAGAGCAAAUACUACAUACCCAAAGAGCUCUACGACCAGCCGUACCCGCCCUACGUAGGGGGUGGCGGAUUCGUGAUGUCCUCCCAGCUGGCCAGGAGGCUCUUCACGGCGUCGGAGGACGUGGAGCUGUAUCCCAUCGACGACGUGUUUUUAGGGAUGUGUCUGAAGAGGCUGAACGUGUCUCCGGAGUUGCACUCAGGCUUCAGGACCUUCGGCAUCACCAGACAAAAGGUGAGCUCCAUGAACAGGGAGCCGUGCUUUUACAAGAGCCUCAUCGUGGUGCACAAACUGAGCGCGCAGGAGCUGCUCAGGAUGUGGAGCGCAGUGCACAACAAGGAUCUGGUUUGCGCGCAACGGAGCUUUAUAUGAAGGACCCCCCCAGCAUGAAAUAAACUUGAUCAAUACAUUCAUUAAAUCGUCCGGAGGUUUUCGUUAUUAUUCCGACUGUAUUCGAUCUUCAGCGGAUUCGGUGGAGAGAAACGCAGUCGGUGUUCUCUGCGUGUCAGAUAAAACUGUCUGCAACCUGGCUGAACACCGUGGACCCUAAGUGGACCUCUUUUGGUUGAUUUGUAACUUGUAAAACCACUAUAGCUCCAACUAAUAAGACGUGAACAUUUUCAAAUUCAGUUUGUGCCAUUUACAAUCCUGAAGUCCUAAUGUGAGAGACAACACUUUAUCAUGGACUUUGGGAGAAUAGCGUUUUAAAUUUGCAGGUUAAAACGUGACUCUUUCCAUCACUCCUCUGUUCAGGUAUUUCCUGAGAUUUUAUUCUCCAAUUUCAGGAUUUUAUAGGCAUGGGCUGGGACUAGAUUCCAAUGAUAAGACGGCCUUGAGUAAAACUACUAUAGAAUCAUACCGACACAAAAAAUAAACCUAAAUUGAAACACUGAUGUGGCAAAUAAAAAACACCAUAUAUAUCUUUUUUUUCCUUUACAAGUUUCUUUCAGCUAACUGACAGCUAACACCUUUCAGCUAACACCUUUGUUGCUGCAACAACACAGGUGUUGCAGCAACAUCUGUCGCAGCAACAAGUGUGGGAAGGGCACUGCUUUGUUAGUCUGCACUCCAUUCAGCUGGAGAACACUCUUAUUUAAAGAAAUUACACCAUCAGGACACUGUGAUUAAAAAUGUUAGUAUAUGUCAAACAUCUACGGUCCAUAACUGUUGAAAAUCAUACCGCUGCCUUGCUCAUGCCUAAUUUUAGCUGCAAAGGGAACUUUAUAGGUUUAGAGUAAAGAACAGUAGUUAUCUGAUUAUUUUACAAUGUAUUGUAAAAAAAUAUA